GGGGGCGUCCUCCCAGCAGCCCCCGGGGCCGGCGGCCGCCAAAGGGGCCCAACCCCCCCCCCCCCCCCCAAAAAAAAUUCAACCCCCUCCCCCACUCCAACCCCCGACCCCUGUGACCCCUGACCUCCGACCCCUGGGGGGGGGAGGGGGGGCCUCGCCGUGGCCGAGGACAAUGGAGGACGAGUCCCCGUCGGUUCCCGAAUUCCUGGAGGACGGUGACAGCAACGGACCCUUCCCGCUGGAGGACCCCGAGGCCACCAGCUCCCCACCGCCGCCGCCGCCGCCGGGACCGGCCGCUGCCGCCGAACCGCUGCCGGGCGAGGAGGAGGAGGAGGAGGAGGAAGAAGAAGUCGAAGAUGGCGGCGGGGAAGCCACCCCGCGUCCCUACCGCUGCGGCGAGUGCGGCAAAGCCUUCGCCCAGAGCUCCAACCUCCUGAAGCACCGGCGGGUGCACACGGGCGAGCGUCCCUACCGCUGCGGCGAGUGCGGCAAGGCUUUCGGCUGGAGCUCGUCCCUGCUGGAGCACCGCAAGGGCCACGCCGGGGCCAAGCCCCACGCCUGCGGCGAGUGCGGCAAAGCCUUCAGCCGAGGGUCCACCCUCCUGGAGCACCAGCGGACCCACACCGGCGAGAAACCCUUCCGUUGCGGGCAGUGCGGCGCCCGCUUCAGCCAGAGCUCCACCUUGGUCCACCACCGGCGGACCCACACCGGCGAGCGACCCUACGGCUGCCCCGAAUGCGGCCGGGCUUUCGGUCGUAAGUCCACGCUGGCCACCCACCGGCGGACCCACACCGGCGAGCGACCCUACGGCUGCCCCGAAUGCGGCCGUCGCUUCGCCGUCAGCUCCGACCUGGCCAAGCACCGGCGGGGAGCCCACGGCGGGCACCGGUGCCGGGAUUGCGGCGAGCAGUUCCCCCGGCCGGCGGCGUUGGCCGGACACCGGAAGAAACAUCACGGCGGCGACGGCAAGGACCGGGCCGACGCCGCCGAGGACGACGGCGACGACCGCCACGACGACCGGCCGCACCGCUGCGAGGAGUGCGGCCAGGCCUUCCGGCACGGCGGCACCUUGCUCCUCCACCGGCAAACCCACGCCGGCGCCUUCGCCUGCCCGCUCUGCCCCGAGCGUUUCGAGGGCAGCGCCCAGCUGGCCCGGCACCGCCGGCGACGGCACGGUCCGGCGGCCAAGCCUUACCGCUGCGAGGCUUGUGGCAAAGCCUACGCCCAGCCGGCCGGGCUGCGGCAUCACCAGCCGGAGCAGCCGUUGGGAUGUCCCCACUGCGGAGCCGCCUUCCUCUGGAGCUGCCGGUUAGCCCGGCACCUCCGGGCUUGCCGCCCGCCCGCCAAGCCCUACAAGUGCCCGGAGUGCGGCAAAGCCUUCGGGCAGAGCUCCAAGCUCCUCCGGCACCAGGUAACCCACACCGGCGAGAAGCCCUACAAGUGCCCCGAGUGCGGCAAGAUCUUCAGCCAGAGCUCCAACCUGGCCGAGCACCGGCGGACCCACGGGGCGGGCGAGCGGCACUUCUGCCCGCUCUGUGGCAAGGGCUUCGCCCUCGGCUCCUACCUGGCCAAGCACAGGUUGACGCACACCGGCGAGCGGCCCUACCGCUGCACCGAGUGCGGGAAGGCGUUCCGGCAAAGCUCCAACCUCAUCCAGCACCAGCGGACCCACACCGGCGAGCGACCCUACACCUGCGGGCUCUGCGGCAAGAGCUUCUGCCAGAACUCCCACCUGGCCAAACACCGGCGCACCCACACCGGCGAGCGGCCCUACCGCUGCGGGGACUGCGGCAAGAGCUUCCGGCAGAGCGCCAACCUCCUGGAGCACCGGCACACCCACACCGGCGAGCGGCCCUACCGCUGCGCCCAGUGCGGCAAGACCUUCGGGUGGAGCUCAGCCUUUAGCAAGCACCAGCGCACCCAUCUUGCCUCCAUCGUGGUGCCCCAAGGCCAUGGCUUCGUCUUGGAGGACUCUACGGGGAUCCCUCAUCUUGACCCAGGUCCAUCGUGGUGCCCCAAGGCCAUGGCUUCAUCUUGGAAGACCACCCCAGGAUCUUCAUCCUGGCCCAGGUCCAUCGUGGUGCCCCAAGGCCGUGGCUUCGUCUUGGAGGACUCUACCGGGGUCCUUCAUCUUGACCCAGGGCCAUCGUGGUCCAUCGUGGUGCCCCAAGGCCGCGGCUUCGUCUUGGAGGACUCUACCGGGGUCCUUCAUCUUGACCCAAGUCCAUCGUGGUGCCCCAAGGCCAUGGCUUCGUCUUGGAAGACCACCCCAGGAUCUUCAUCCUGGCCCAGGUCCAUCGUGGUGCCCCAAGGCCGUGGCUUCGUCUUGGAGGACUCUACGGGGAUCCCUCAUCUUGACCCAGGUCCAUCGUGGUGCCCCAAGGCCGUGGCUUCAUCUUGGAAGACCAUCUGGGAUCCUUAUCCUGGCCCAGGUCCAUCAUGGUGCCCCAAGGCCAUGGCUUCGUCUUGGAAGACCACCCCAGGAUCCUUAUCCUGGCCCAGGUCCAUCCUGGAGCCCCAAGGCCAUGGCUUCAUCUUGGAAGACCACCCCAGGAUCUUCAUCCUGGCCCAGUCCAUCGUGGUGCCCCAAGGCCGUGGCUUCGUCUUGGAAGACCACCCCAGGAUCCUUAUCCUGGCCAAGGACGCCAUCUCCAUCUCGGAGGACCACCCUGGGGUCCUCCUCCUGCCCCAGAUCCAUCAUGGCACCCCAAAACCGUGGCUUCGUCUUGGAAGACCACCCCAAACUCCGUCAUUCCGCCCAAGAUCCACAGCUCCAGCUUGGAGAACCACCUUGUCCUCACCCAACUCCUUCAUCCUGCCCCAAAGCCGUGCCUCCAGCCCAGGGAACGUCCCCGUGUCCCCGUCCCGCUUCCGUGUCCCCAUCCCGCCUCCGUCUGGCGCGAUGGAGCCGGAGGAGAAGCCGCGUCCUCCCCAGGACCAGGGUGACGGGGACGUCCCCACGGAGCCCUGCACGGGCGCCGUGCCACCAGCCCGUGGCAGUGGUCGCCCGCGUGGUUUCAUCAACCUGCUGGGUCUCCUGGAAGGCGGCCGGCCGCCGCCGAAACCCUACCGCUGCACCGAGUGCGGCAAGACCUUCGGCCAGAGCUCCAACCUCAUCGAGCACCAGCGGACCCACACGGGGCGAACGCCCCUUCACCUGCGGCCAAUGCGAGAAGAGCUUCAGCCGCAGCUCCACCUUGGCCGAACAUCUCCGGACCCACACCGGCGAAAAACCCUACGCCUGCCCGGUUUGCUCCCGCGCCUUCAGCCGCAGCUCCACCUUGACCGAGCAUCGCCGAACCCACACCGGCGAAACGCCCUACGCCUGCCCCGAAUGCGGCAAGACCUUCGGUCGGACCUCCAACUUGGUCAAACAUCUCCGGACCCACACCGGGGAGAAACCCUACGGUUGCGGGCGUUGCGGCAAGACCUUCAGCCUCAGCUCCAACCUGGUCAAGCACGAGAGGACCCACACGGGUAAAAACCGUUCUCCUGCGGGCAAUGCGGGAAACGGUUCAAGAAGAAGACCCACUUGGCGUCCCACCAACGGACCCACACCGGCGAGCGACCGUACCGUUGCGGCGAAUGCGGGAAGGCUUUCGGGCAGAGCUCCACGCUCAUCGAGCACCAGAGGACCCACACGGUGCGAACGACCGUUCCGGUGCGGCGCUUGCGGCAAGAGUUUCUGCGUCAGCUCCAACUUGGUCAAGCACCAACGCAUCCACACCGGCGAGAAACCGUACGGUUGCGGGCGCUGCGGCAAACGUUUCCGCUACAAGCCCCAGUUCACCCGUCACCUGAAGGUCCACCCCGACGGCGACCCGGCGUGCGGUCCUUAGGACCGCUCGGAGACGGAAAAACGGGGCGGCGGCCGGCGGCGGGGCGGCCCCAAUUAGGAGUUAACGAAGGAGCGCGGGGAGCGCGGCGUGGUGGCCGCCUCGUUAGGGUUGAACCUGGCGCGGUGGCUUUUGGAGAUGACCCGGGGACAUCGAGAGAAGACAACAGGGAUGGUGGCAUCUCCAUGGAGUCCUCCGGCGUGGAGGCAGCCUCGUUAAGGCUUAACGAAGGGGCGGGGCGCCUGGUGGCCCGUGUCCUGGCGCGGUGGCCACCAUGA